AUGGAUGGGCCUCGCCUUGUAAAGCUAAAGUCCUCCUUUGAAAAGAUGCUUACACAGCUGUUUGCAGAAGCACAGAUCCAGGAAGGCGUCAAAGAUGACAUCAAUGCACUUUUCACACAGCUCCUUCUGAAGUACUCCAUACCCUCAAAGCUCAACGAACUUGAUGUUCUGCUGAUGAAGCCCCCCACCCCACUGUACGAUAUCACAUGCCCACAGACAAUUUCCAGCAUUUUGGCCUCGCAUAUUGCUGCUCCCUCUGCAGCUCUUUCUGAUUUUCUUAAGCAAGAGACAGCAGGCGUGGAUAGUGAGCUAAAGGCUCUCAAGGCAGCUGAGGAGAAAGUCGAUGAGUCUUUAAGAAAAUCUACAAUGGAGAUGAAUAGGUGGCUAGAAGUAAGCGAGAGCACUCUGGCCCAAAUUAAGAAACAAACACAAUAA